AUGUCCAUCAUCUCCAACAAAACGGAGGAACUCCACAACUCCGAAUACAACCAAACCGGUUGUGAUGAGUUCGGGAAACAAGAAGAUGUUGGAAUGAACAUCAUCCCAACUCCUGAUUUCUGGUUGAAAAAAGAAAUCAAGGAAGAGUUGGAAGAGGUUGAUGAGACUCUUCCGCCACGCCGAAAGCGGGCAACUCACAUCCUUCCACCUCAUCUUCUGAAAGAGAUCAAGCACGAAGUUGACGAUGAUCUAUCAGAAAUUGGUCAAUGCGUGGCAGAUUUGAGGCGUAACCCAGAGCUUGAUCCAGAGUACGUUAUGCUCAGAAGACAAUCAGAAAAGUCUGCAGAGCGUUACUUGGCUGCCAAAGAGGUUUGGGACCGAUUCGCAAGUUUUGAGGACGCAAAACCAGUGAAGAGAAGGAGAUGUGCCGAGGUGGUGGCUCCAAUUGAGUUGCCAAAGAAGAGAGCAAAGCCAGUGAAGAAGAAUUGGAGAGACCUGGAAGAGGAGGAGUAUCCCUCACAGAUGGAGAAAGCAAGGAAAGGAGAGGUUCGCCAAUCACGGAACAACGAGGAUUCGGAAAAGGAGGUCGUCAUCAAGAAGAAGGAAGCGACGAAGAAACAAGGACAACAAGCGAAGAACAGAGAAUGUACAUCAAAACUGACGCACAUGAAAAAAGAAAUCCAGACGGCGUCCUCUCACAACUCUGUGGCUCAAAAACCGAAGAAGGAGAAGAAGGAGGAAAGAAAGUACAACUGCCCAAUCUGUUUGAAGGCAGCUCGAUCUGGAACCUGCCUCUGCAUUGGCUGCGGGGAGUGGAUUCAUUUAAAGUGCGCAGGGAUCAAGAUGUCACAAUACGAUUCGGAGUUCAGAUGCAGAAAAUGUUCCAACUAA